CAGGCACGUGCUACCACGCCUGGUUAAUUUUUCUAUUUUUAGUAGACUGCUCUUGUUUAGGCUGGUCUCGAACUACAAUCUUCCUAUCUCAACUUGCCAGAGUGCUAAGAUUACUGCCAUGAGCCACGGCGCCCAACCCAAUUAUAUUAAUAGAGAACACAUACGCUCCUCCUCCUCCGGGCAUCACUUUCUCCCCACUGCAUUAUGAUGUCUAAACAUCAGUGAUUUUAAGUUCUUGACAUCUAUAAUACAUUCUUGGUAACAGAUUAUCGCUGUUAUCUAGAGAAAAAAUAAAGCAGCUAGCACAUGGAAAGAGUGAUGCUUUGUUCAUAUUUUGGCUAUAGGUUUGCUUUAAGAAACAGCAUUCCCUUCAGAAUGGAAGAAUUUAUCUGCCUCCUAUUUGAUGGGGUUCAGAGCUAAGAUGCUGACUAAAUAAACAUGGGGGACUGGAAUCUCCUUGGAGAUACUCUGGAGGAAGUUCACAUCCACUCUACCAUGAUUGGAAAGAUCUGGCUCACCAUCCUGUUCAUAUUUCGGAUGCUUGUUCUGGGUGUAGCAGCUGAAGAUGUCUGGAAUGAUGAGCAGUCUGGCUUCAUCUGCAAUACUGAACAACCAGGCUGCAGAAAUGUAUGCUAUGACCAGGCCUUUCCCAUCUCCCUCAUUAGAUACUGGGUUCUCCAGGUGAUAUUUGUGUCUUCACCAUCCCUGGUCUACAUGGGCCAUGCUUUGUACCGACUGAGAGUUCUAGAGGAAGAGAGGCAGAGGAUGAAAGCUCAACUAAGAGGAGAACUGGAAGGGGUAGAGUUUGAAAUGCCUGGAGAUCGCAGGAGAUUGGAGCAAGAGCUUUGUCAGCUAGAGAAAAGGAAACUAAAUAAAGCACCACUCAGAGGAACCUUGCUUUGCACUUAUGUGAUACACAUUUUCAUUCGCUCUGUGGUUGAAGUUGGGUUCAUGAUUGGACAGUACCUUUUAUAUGGAUUUCACUUAGAGCCUCUAUUUAAAUGCCAUGGCCACCCAUGUCCAAAUAUAAUCGAUUGUUUUGUCUCAAGACCAACUGAAAAGACAAUAUUUCUAUUAUUUAUGCAAUCUAUAGCCACUAUUUCACUUUUUUUAAACAUUCUAGAAAUUUUCCACCUAGGUUUUAAAAAGAUUAAAAGAGGGCUUUGGGGACAAUAUAAAUUGAAGGAUGAACAUAAUGAAUUCUAUGCAAACAAGUCAAAACAAAAUCUAGCCAAAUAUCAGAACACAUCUGCAAAUUCACUGAAGCGACUCCCUUGUGCACCUGAUUAUAAUCUUUUCGUGGAAAAGCAAACACACACAGCAGUGUAUCCUAGUUUCAAUUCAUCUUCUGCAUUUCAGGCUAAUCCUGACAAUCACAGUGUAAAUGAUGAGAAAUGCAUUUUAGAUGAUCAGGAAACUGUACUUUCUAAUGAGAUUUGCACAUUUAGUACUUCCUGUAGUCAUCUUCAACACAUUGGCUCAAAUAGUAACAAAGAUACUCAUAAAAUAUUUGGAAAAGAAGUUAAUGGUACCCAGUUAAGGGAAAAAAGAGAAACUGAUGGCAAAGACAGCAAAAAGAACUCCAGAUGUCACUGUUCUAUACCAGGUGUUGCUACAGAUCUGGACAACCACAUGGGGCAGUUGCCCCAAACAGCUUUCUCACGGUCAGCUAACUGCACUUGGAAACCAAAGUGGAUUAGGGCUACAUGGGAUCCCUCCACAGAAGAGGAAAACCGGGGGUCACCUUCUAAGGGUAACCUUGAGGGCCAGUUCAGAGAGGGCACAAUCAGAACCCUUCCCUCUUCACAAGGAGACUCCCACUCACUUGACAUUCUGAACACUCCUGAUUCUUCGGGAGAGUUGUCUUUUGAGCCUGAGCUUGUCAGAACCUGCAAUAAUCCUACUGUUUGUUCUUCAAAUCAUAUAGUGUCUCUGAUGAACAAUCUCACUGGUAGGCGGGUUCCCACAGAUCUUCGGAUCUGAACAGCUGAUGGCUUUUAGACAUUCUGUAUAUUAUAUUAUCAAACAAAUAGCCUAGUAGUGUUGGAACACAGACAAAAUGGAUAAGGGCAGCUCUAAAGGCCAGCUGUUGACAGACAACUGCACUAUCAUUUCAGAAAGGGAAAAACAGCUCUAAUUCUGGAUUGUGAAGAAUAGCUCUAAGUUCAAAGACAUAGAGUUUAUGGCUCCCUUCGGAAUGUGUGAAACUGAUUUUGAGAAAAUCAUAUGUUCAGAAUCUAGGCUAAAUGGUUUGACCAGGUUUUCUCUCUGAAGGGACCACAGCCUUAGGAAAUUGUUCUUGAUCUUCAUAAUUCCUCUUUUUAGUUACUACUAAUCCUUUAUCUUUGGACACAGGGUUAAUUUUGUUUGCCCCUGGAACUUAGUAACUUUAGUUUCCUUCUAGACUGCAACCUGAUAUGUCUUGAGUAUAAUCAUGUUUUUACCUAGUAAAUAAAAUAUUAAAAAAAUCCGUGGCUUUCCUUCACCAGUUUAUAGCAUUGUCAUUCACUGCCAGAUUGGAGUCUUGGUUCUACUACUCACUGGUCAUCUAAUCUCGCCACUUUACUAAUAGUACCUAUCCUACAGGGAUGCUGUGAGGAUAAAAACGAAAAAUACCUAUGUUGACUACAGUGCCUGGAACAUAUUAAGUGCUCAAAAGUGCUAGCUACUGGCGAGCACUUUACUCCUCACCCUUCAGAGGCCUACAUCCAAUCAGCCACAAAUCAAGAAAACUCCAAAAAAAAAAAA